AUGACUUUGCAUGAGAUUGUGGGUGUGGUGACUGAGGUCGGAGGCAAGGUGCAGAAAUCCAAAGUUGGAGACAGAGUUGGAGUUGGGUGCCUCGUCGGAUCAUGUCAUUCGUGUGAAAACUGUGCUAAUGAUCUCGAGAAUUACUGUCCCAAGGUCAUACCGACAUACAACGGCACUUACCACGACGGUACCCCCACGCACGGAGGCUACUCCGAUAUCAUGGUAUGCGAUGAGAGUUUUGUGAUUCGCAUUCCGGAAAACCUCCCUCUUGACGCUUGUGCUCCUCUGCUCUGUGCUGGGAUCACAACUUAUAGCCCACUUAGAUAUUUCGGACUGGACAAACCUGGCAUGCAUGUGGGCGUGGUUGGUCUAGGUGGCCUUGGCCACGCAGCUGUUAAAUUCGCCAAAGCUUUUGGAGUGAAAGUAACAGUGAUAAGUACAUCUCCUAACAAAAAAAAGGAAGCAACUGAGCGUCUCGGUGCUGACUCCUUUUUGCUCAGCCGUGACCCAGAUCAAAUGCAGGCCGCUAUGGGCACAAUGGAUGGUAUCAUUGAUACAGUCUCAGCACCUCACCCUCUGUUGCCAUUGAUUGGCCUAUUGAAGUCUCACGGAAAGCUGGUCCUGGUUGGUGUACCAGAAAAGCCUCUUGAGCUUCCACAUUGGGGCAUAAAGGAGACGCAAGAGAUGAUUGAUUUUGCAGCCCAACACAACAUAACGGCAGACAUUGAGCUUAUUCCGAUGGAUUACGUCAACACUGCAAUGGAGCGAUUGGUGAAGGCUGAUGUUCGAUACCGAUUUGUCAUAGACAUAGGCAACACUCUGAAGGCUGCUUAA